AUGGUGAUGGGAUCAUAUGCAAAACCCUCCUACCAAAAACUGAGGCCAGAAGUUUGGUUUAAUGAAGAUGGUGAUUAUCAUGAUAUUGAUAUCAGAGAGAAAGUGACCAGACGGUUGAGAAGCAGCCGGUUCAGAAAGGUGCAUAUCAGGAGAAAACUGAGGAUAAAAAUUCCAAGUUUGAAGAGAUUCUUGAGUAGAAAAGCAAGGCUGGUGAAGAUUGCUUGGGGUAAGAUUUUGAGAAGAUUGAGGGAAAGUCAAUCCCAUUUUGGUGAUCUUUUUGCUGGAAAUUAUCUCUUCACGCAAGUUACUCCAACCCCAUUGAAGGGUGCUGAUACUAGGUAUUCUCUUCCCAAGAUAUUGCAUGACCAAUCCCGACGGUCAUCUGUGAUACAGUACUGA